AUCAACUUGAAAAGCACGCCAGAAUUUGAUAAUCUAUAUUGACUAUAAAAAGAGCAUGGAUAUUUCAUGAUAUUCUUCCUCCUCCUUCCAAAAGAAAAUCAUGAAUUUAUUUAUGACGAUUUUAUUAGUUUUCUGUGCAGGGUUUUUUGUAUUAUCUGAAGGAAGGGGUGGUGGAGGAAGAAGCUCGUCUAGUGGCGGAUGGAGAAGUUCAGGUAGCUCAUGGGGUAGCUCUUCUAGCUCCUCAAGUUCUUCGGGUAGCUCAUGGGGUAGCUCUUCUAGUUCUUCUGGUAAUUCUUGGGGUAGCUCAUCUAGUUCUUCAGGUAGCCCAUGGGGUAGCUCUUCUGUAUCAUCUGGAUCUUCAGGUAGUCGUCCAGGAAGCCCUAUUGGAAGACGGGAUAAUCCAUCUGGUGUAUCUCCAAGCAUUGGUAACUCGCCACCCAGCUCUAUGAUCAGAUCAAAUAAACCAGGAAAGCAAACGAGCAGUUCAAAUCCAGAUGAUGAUCCAAUUUUCAGUAGCCGUGGUUCUCAGUCUUCUGGCUUGUCCAAUGCUAGAUUAUGGAGACGGAACUCAUGGAUUCGUUACAAUAGACCAUACUCUAGUGGUCGAAGUAGUUCGGACGAUGAUUUCGAAGGCUCCAGUUCCGGUACAAAUGCAACAUAUGUAGCAGAAAACCCAGCCCCUACUAUUUAUGAUAUGAUCCCUGAUUGUGAAGCUCUCGGAGCAGCAAUGUGGGCUAAAUACGAUGAACUAACGCAAAGUGGUGAAAUGAGCUUUAACAGUUGCGAAGAUGUUGAUAAUCCUGAUGUUUGCAUCCGCCAAGAUAUUGAAAAGGUUCGUUGUGCAGUAACGGAAAGUAUUCCAAAGGAAUGCAUGGACAAAAUAUUGACAUUUGUUCGAGGAGGAGGAGACAUCUGUAAGAAAAUUGCUGUAGUAAAGAUCUUUCACAUUUAGCACCAAAUCAUAUUCAUAGAAGACUUAUACAACAACAGAUGAUCCAAAGCAAAUAUUUUUGUAAAAUAGAAUUAAAUAUUCCAAGUAUAUUUCCUGGUUUCCAUUUUUAAAUAAAUAAAUUCUGUAUAGUUUCA